UGUAAAAUAACAUAGGAAAUGGGAUGAGUUUGAGAAGGGAAGGGGAAGGCGGAUGCGUGUGACCAAACUUGCUCCUACGCUCUGGAAGUUCAAACGACGUCAUCGCCGGCUGAGGAGGGAUGGUAGUGUUUGGUGGCGGUCGCGAGGAAGAGGUAUUGAGGACACAGACAUCACAGGUGGAUUAACAUCAGUGGUUUGGAAAGACGUACUUGUAGGUAGCAAGUGCUAAUUGUGCCGUAUUAUCUAUUGGCGGAACGUUUUUAAAGAUCCCCGGCGCAGGAUGAAGGAGAGUUUAGUGUUCCUGGUGUUCGCAGUGGCGGGGUCCUGUGCAGGCAUCUUCUGGACCAACAGCAAGGACAACGACUACCCCCGCAUCGGCCGCCGCAGCUUCUACACCGCCAGUAGUGAAAACACAUACCCCCGGAUAGGUAGGAGUGGAGGGGUGGAGGACACGUUUAGGGAUGGGAUCGAGAGACGGGCGUCUUUCUUCACCCAGAGUGAUGAAAAUACCUUCCCCAGGAUAGGCCGAAGAAACAAUGACGGAAGCGACGUCAGUAAAGUAGAAGCCAAACUCCAGAUUCCUAAGGGAUCUCCUUACCCAAAUAGUAAUGAAGACAAUAAGUCACUGACAAAACCCCAGACAGGGCUUGGAACAUCGUUCAGUCUACCAGCGCCCAUUCUUUUCUUUGCCUGGGACGCUAAUGGUGAUGACAGUUUAUCACGUGAAGAAUUCGUCAACGGAAUUGCUAACUCGAGGAAACGACGCCAUCUUGUUUAGGUAUUUCCUUAUUUGGGCAACUACAGCAUGGACUGUGCGAUGACCUCACGUGGUGACCUUACAUUGAGCCGUGAACCAGAUCCCACUGCUGACAGUCGUUAGGAAACGGAAAAGUCGUGACACAACAGUUGCUAUAGCAACAAACAAACUCUCAGAUUCAGUGAUUCAGAUUUAAUCGUUAAUAUACUGAAAACGUAAAAAUGUAUUUUUUGUGUGUUAUACAUAUCGCAUCAAGCAUAUUUCGGUUUCUACAAAUCAUCAAAAAGAGACAGCAAGAAAUUCUCACAAAGGUUGAUGUUUAUAUUUUCUUGAGAAAAAAUAUUAAACAUUUUUUUUCCAAACGUUCA